CUGUUAGUUUAUCUUCCGGUUAAGUCAAACUCCUCCACCAACUACCCAAACCCCACUCUCCUCCUUCCUCUCUCCUCCUCCUCUCUCCAUUCUCUCUCACUCCGCAUCCAACCCACCCCACAUAUGGCGGAAAUCAGCUGCCUCAGCUCCGACGUGACGGAGCUUAUCCUCUCCUACCUCCCCAUCCCCACCCUCAUCCGCGCCUCAGCCGUCUGCAAGUACUGGCACUCCCUCAUCUCCUCCUCCACCUUCUCCUCCCCACUCUCCCAUAAAUACCCCUGGUUCUUCCUCUUCGGCAUCCACAACACCUCCUCCAACUUCAACCAGUGCUUCGCCUUCGACCCCCUCUCCAAUCUCUGGUUCCGCCUCCCCUCCCCCACCUUCCCCUCCCAGUCCUCCUCCUUCCUCGGCGCCGAUGGCUUCUUCCUUGUCACCGCCCCUUUCUUCACCUUCUCCCAUAUCCUCAAGCGCCAAUGGCUCUCCACCUCCCCUCUCCGAUUUUCCCGCGUCAACCCCCUCGUCGGCGUCGAUUCUCCCUCCUCCUCCUCAUCCUCUGCCUCCUCCUCCCCAAUCCCUAGCUUUGUCGUCGUCGGCGGGGUCCGAUUAAUCGGCAAUUUGGUCGACAUCGAGGACCGUUUGGCCGUGGAGAUUUACAAUCCCGAUUCCGAUUCAUGGCUCCUCUGCCCGCCGCUCCCCGCCGAUUUUCGCUCCGGAAACUCGUCAGAAUCUCUCUCCUCCGCCCUCUUCAAGCGCCGAUUCUACGUUUUCGGAAUCUACUCCUGCUUUAUUGCCUCGUUUGAUCUCCGCACCCACGCCUGGAGCGAAGUCCAGACCCUCCGCCCGCCCGGGGUCGUCUUCUCCUUCCUGAUUUCCUCCACCAACCACCUCGUCCUCGCCGGAAUCUGCAACGGCCCUCUCGGUCCGUCAUUUAACCUGUGGAAGAUCGAGGAGGCCACCAUGGAGUUCAGCGAGAUCGCCAUCAUGCCGCAGGACUUGUUGAAUGGAUUGUUCGACGGCGAUGAGGAAGACAAGUUUGCGAGCUUGAAAUGUGUGGGAUUGGGAAACCUUAUAUACGUGUUCAAUGAGGAGUAUCAUAAGAAGUACCCGGCUUGUGUUUGCGAGAUUGGUUCCGAUGACAAUGGCGGACCUUCGGGGAAGUGUAGCUGGAGGAGACUGCCCCAAUUGCCUUCCCCUGUUAAUAAAUUCCAUAAAGUCAUCAGCUUUUCGUCGACAGUUUCCCCGCAUAAUAUCCUUCGUGGCGAAGGGGAGGGCGAAGGAGACGGCGUUGUCAAUGUGCAGCCUAUGUUGAACUGAUUUUACGCUCCGCGGAUUCAUGCAAUGCACAUGACAGAGAUGCAAGAUCAAGCACUUCGGAUUGGGAAAAAACAUGUUUCAGUUGUGCAGAUGAUGCUCCAGUAUCUGUCUUGUUUCUUAAUAUUUCAGAAGCUUCUAUACAACAGACACGGAAAUUGAAUCAUAGCUGGAGUAUUGUCAACGUCCUCGACGUUAUCUACGCUCUCGCUCGGUUAUUGACAUCGUAGUGCCUUGUACUGUUUGAUGUAAUUUUAUGUAAUGUUAGCAUUGUGGUGUUAUAUUGAUUUCCAACGAUGUGAUGUAAUUGUGUGUAUUGGGUAAAACAUUUUGUAAGUUGAUAAUUUUGGCUUCAAUGAAAUCGUUUAAUUUGUGUACUA